ACUGGAUCAGCUCCAUCCCACCUCGGAAAUACCAACCAGGUGCUGCGGCUCCUUCUUCCCCUGCUCUACACUCAUCUCUCCGGGCUUUUUGCCACAGACCUCCGUUGCUGCCGCUGCUUCGGGAAGAAAACCCGCAGUAAACACCAGCGAUGUCCCGCCAGUAACUGAAACCCUCCCGUUCUCACCCCGAGUGUCCGGCUUGCAUGGCCCCCGGUCGGCCGCCCGGACAAUAGACAGCCCGCCUGCCCGCUGCAGCAGCAGCAGCAGCAGCAGCAGCUUCCCCUGCAGCCGGGGAGGCUCUCCAGUGCUCCAGCCCAGGAUCCUGCAGCACGCUCCGCGGCUCCAGAUGGCCGGACACGAGUGGGAGGACUGGUUCGAGCGGGAGGAAUUUAUCGGACAGAUCAGCGACAUCAGAGUGCAGAACCUGCAAGUUGAAAGAGAGGUGGUUCAGAAGAGGACCUUCACCCGAUGGAUGAACCUACACCUAGAAAAGUGUGACCCACCCAUCGAGGUCCAGGACCUGUUCCGGGACAUCCAGGAUGGACGCAUCCUCAUGGCCCUGCUGGAGGAGCUCUCUGGCUGCAAGCUGCUUCAUGGAUUCAAGAAGUCCUCCCAUCGUAUUUUCAGACUCAACAACAUCGCCAAGGUCCUGUCCUUCCUGGAGGAGAGAAACGUGAAGCUGGUCAGUAUCGACGCAGCUGAUGUUGCCGAUGGAAACUCCUCCAUCAUCCUGGGUCUCAUCUGGAACAUCAUCCUCUUCUUCCAGAUUAAGGAGCUGACCGGGAACAUCAGGAGCCAGUUCCCGUCCUGCUCCAGCCUGUCGUCCAUCCCCACCAGCUCCGACUCUGACGCGUCCCACUGCAGCACGCCGUCAGACGAGAGACAGUCGGCGUCCACAGCCAUGAGAGAACACGGCAAGGCCAUUAAGAAGCUGCUGCAGUGGGUACAGAAACGAACGCGCAAGUAUGGUGUAGCAGUUCAGGACUUUGGGAAGAGCUGGACAAGUGGACUGGCCUUCCUGGCUGUCAUCAAGUCCAUUGACUCAAGCCUGGUAGACAUGAGGAAGGCCCUGCUGAGGAGUGCCAGGGAGAAUCUGGAGGAUGCCUUCAGGAUAGCCCACUACAGCCUCGGUAUCCCACGCCUCCUGGAGCCUGAGGAUGUGACUAUCAACCCACCAGAUGAACAAUCCAUCAUGACAUAUGUGUCACAGUUCUUGGAGCACUUCCCUGGUAUAGAGGAGCCGGAGGAGUCCUGCCAGCUGAUAGAACGAAGCAUCUCUAUGGGUCGACUCAACUUCCGUGAGAUUGACUCCGACCGCAUAAGGAAUGGCGCUCACGGAAGCAGAGUGAAGGAGCGGUCAUUCAUGUUCCAGCGGGACUCUACCAAACCCGCACCCAAAAUUUUAAUUUCCUCUGUGUCUGAGGACAGGAGUGCCACAUCACCCCCGUUUAGGCAGGCUGCAGCUCGCUCCUGGUCCAUUGAAGACUUUCUUGCAGAUUCCCCCCACAUGGGAGACACCUCCAGCAGUGUGGUUGAAGACUCCAAGGAACCUGUCAGUGAGGUCUUAACCAACUUAAUCUCUAACUCCCCACAACUGUCUUACACUCAUUCACCCACUGACUCUUCAGUGCCUGAGUGUGGAAACACUGAGUCAGUAAUUGGUGACUCAGCGAUCAGCUCACCGGACUCUUGGGUUGAAAGCGAAUUUGGGGUGAUGCCAGAGAAGUUUUCUGAGAGCCCAAGCGAUAGUUCUUUGUGUGACAGUGGAACAGCCUGGGAUGUGUACCGUGCCACCCCAGUGGAGGUUACUAAUCUUGAUGAAGGAUUUGUCCCAUCCAUUGAGGAUAGAGCAUCUGAUGAGCAGUCGAUUACUGAGUCAUAUAACGAUGAAGGGAUUUACUCACUGAACUCACUGGAGAGAACACAGGAAGAAACCCAAGGGCAUUCUGAGAAAAAACAAGAGGAAAUACUCAAAGAGAGCGAGGCAAACCUCAAAAGCAACAACCAGGACAUGACACUGGAUCAGAGCAAUGCUGAAAUCGCAAAAAAAGUAGACUCUAAACAGAUGGAUAAAAGUCUGCUUCAAAAAGAGCAAGUACCCAGAGAGCAAGAACCUUAUUUUGAUGCACAAGUCCUGCCCGACUCUGGUGCUAAUGAUUUCCUUGAAACUGAUGAAACUAAUGAGUCCCUAAGCUCCAACACUAAACUACCACUCCCUGACCAUUUUGAAGAACCUGUGAAGCAAACUGGUGUUGAAGAGAGCACUUCCGGAGUAUCAGACUUUGUAAAGGAAACUGUGGAUGCACAGGACCACGAAGGACAAAGUAACGGUCAAACGGAAAGUCUGAUUAAAAGAAAUAAUUCUGAGGAGGCUGAAGUGGAAACUCAAUGUCUGAAAACAGGUUCUUCUGUAGAGGAGAAAAGAGAGGACCCUAGAGAUGAAUCAUGGACUGUUAAGGAAAGGGAUGAAGGUGUUGUAGAAACACAAGAUGAAACAAAUGAAGGAGUUCUAAGAGACUACCCAGAUCCUCAAGAAAUCAUUACGCAUCCAGCCAACCAACAGGGAGCACCAAGUAUUCCUCUGAUCUCCAUCUCCAGUGAGCCAGAAGAGCAGAACGAAGAGGGAGCAUGUGACCCAGAAAGACAAGCUCAUGCUGGGGAUGAAGAGGUAAACCAGCCAGAGGUAACUGGAUUUAAUGGAACUGACACAAAUGUCAACAGCACCCAAAAUGCAGAUGAACGGAGGUGUGACUCCAAUUUCAUUGAUGACAAAAGACCUGCUGAGAUUCCUUCCAUCUUGAUAUCAGAAGAUGAUAAUUCAAUAGCUUCAGAGCAAAUAACGGACAUAGAAAAUGGGCAUUUGGAUGACAUAGAUGAACACAAUAUCAGGAAAUCGUCAGAUAUAAACACAUGUGAUCCAUGCACAAUAGAUAACAUGGAAAUGACUGAACAGGAACGUGAGUUUCCUCACAACAACUCUCAGACAGAUAACAUUGAUGAGGACUUCAUUGCUCAGUCUCCUACAGAUGAUAAAUCGCAACCUGUGAAUACUGAGCAGGACAAACUGGGCGACAGUGAGAAAACCAACACACAGCAGAGCACAUUGGAUCCAGUCAACUCAGAACUGAAUGGUAAGAUGGGGAUUUCAUGUCAUGAACUAGCUAAUGCGCCCAGAAACAUGGACUUCUUUUAUGCAGACUUUGAUCGACGUUCUCCCACAGAUGAUCUUGAUGGUGACCCUAUUGAACCCAUGGAUCUGUUCUACCCAGACAAAGAGGAGCCCAUGUUAACAGAGCUACCUGAUACCGAAAUGCAGAGUUGGCCUUCUGUUUUGAGCGUAUCAGCUCUCCAGCCAGCGCCAGCUUCAGAGAGUCUACCAGAUGACCAACCACUCGACCUGCCGGGUGAAGACUUCAGGAAUGGAGUGCAUUUGGUACAAGAGGAUGACAAGGCGAUCACUAAGACCAACGAGGAGACCAGUAAAGCAUCUGAAUCCCAGGAGCAGAGCUUGUUUCCCGGGGAGAAGACGGGAGGACUCUGGGGUGAUGAUGAUCCAGCAGAUGGCAGCAGUAUGAGUGGGGCUGAACAACAGAGCCCGGGCUCUGCCAGGGAAAACACAGAGCCUGUGAGGAGUGUCACCAAAAGUUCCAGCAGACCAGAUGAAAGUCACAUCCCUCCGGUUCUCCGUCACAGAAAGGGGGCUCAUCUCACUGAGGCUGUGGACAAACAGAGAGCUGAGACCGUGGCGACCAGGAAAGAUGACAAUGGUGACUUUUGGAGGAGUGAGAGCUGGGAGCUCUAUCUGCUGCUGCUGCUCUGGCUGCUGCUCUACUGUUUCUGGCUGCUGCCACAGAUGGACCUGAAGACACUGCCCAGCCUGCUGCUGAACCUCGACCACUGAACACACACUCUCACACACACACACACACACACACACACACUCACACUCAAACACACACACUAAUACACACGUAAAAAUAAAAAAGAGGACACACCACACACAUAUAGCUCAACUGCCACUCAUCUCUGAUGUAUAUUUCAAAGUACUACAGCUUUUCAUGAGGUUUUGCUUUUUUUAGCUUUUGAUGUGGCUUGAAGUGUGUGAUCUGUGUGACGAGGAGCAGCAGAGGGAAAAGUCCUGAUGCUAUGAACGUGAAGUAAGAAUUUCAAAGGAAAAAUUCAAAUCUUACAGGUAAAAAUGUUACAAGAAUAAAGUCAUCAUUUUACAAAGUAAAAGUCUUGAUAGAAAAAGUAGAAUCUCAAGACUAAAGUUGAAAUAUUUUGAGAAAGAACUCACAAGUUAAAUUGUAAUUCUAAGAAAAAAUGUCAUGAUAAAGAAUAAAGUCAUUAUUUUAAAUUAAAGUUAAGUCAUUAAAUGUCAUUAAAGUAAAAAUAAAAUUUUUAUUAAGUUGUAAUUUUAUAAGAAAAAGUCAAAAUAUUUUGAGGAUAAAUUCAUUUUAUUUUGUGAAAUAAUAAUAAUAAAAAUAAUAAUAAUAAUAAUAACAAUGCACAGUGUAGUGAAAAUGAAUUUGUAAUUCUGAGAAAAUGUUAAUAAUGAUAAUAUUAAACUAGCAACUUCACUCUGAAAUUACUUUUAUUUCCUUUCCAUUUUAUUUGUGCAACCUUUUCUCAAACUUCCUCUCAUAACUUUACCCCUGUUUAUCAGAAUAUUACAAAUUUAUUUUUCAAAUCUCCAAACAGUGGCUCCGAUAUCUCCACUGCAGAUCUGCUCCUGUUCUAUAGACGCUGUAGAAGUUUGUGCUUUAUUGCUGUGCGAAGCAGAACGAGUUGACUUUGUGAGACGAUGUGACUGUACAGCUCACUCUGAUUGUAGAUAGAGAUAUAUGCUAUGGAUGUAUGUAUGCACAGUUGAAUAGCCAUUUAACCCAGAUGAAGAAUUGAAAAGUGAAACGGCUUCAGGCUGAUGAUAAAAAAGUUUAGUUAGUGGAGCUGAAGCAGGAAAUAUAUAUAUUUUACACUACUGGUCAAAAGUUCUAGAACACCUCCAUUUUUAUACCUCCGCCAGCCAGAGCCAGAGGUGUGUUGUUUUUUGGGUUGUCCAUCCAUCCAUCCAUCCAUCUCAUUCUUGUGGACAUGAUAUCUCAGACAGAACGUCUUCAAAUUUGUUAAAAAAUAUUCACUUGGACUGCAGGACAAAUUGGUUAGAUUUUGGUGGUUAAAGGUCAAAGGUCAAGGUCAUGGUGACCUCACAAAACAUGUUUUUGGCCUUGUGAACGCAGUAUCACGAGAACUCUUCAAGGGAAUCCCUUCAAAUUUGGCUCAGGGAUGAGACUUAAGUGGUCAAAGGUCAAGGUCAGUGUGACCUCACAAAACACUUUUUAGCCAUAACUCAAGAUGUCACGCAGCAAUUAUGACAAAAUGAAAAAAAAAAAGACAAAUGGUUGAUAUUUUAUAUGAUUCUGUAUAAAAAGGGAUGUAACCUGAAACUAGUCUGAGCGGAGGAGGCAGACGACCUCGAGGAGGUGAUUCUAGUUCCAGCUGUUAUUUGAAUAGACAUAAUUCAAUGUCUCAGUUUUUAUGAGCAAAUAUACAACUGGAGAGUUUAAAAAGAAGGAAUCAUGGGACCUUCUUGUUGAACUGAAUUUAUUUCAAAUUUCAGUGAGAACUGGAAAAAUGGUUUGUUCUAAACCUUUUGACUGGUAUGUGAUAAAGGCUUUUUGGGCUCAGCCGUCUGAAUGAAGGGAGGGGGGAGAGGAGGGGGGGGUUUAUUAAGGAUCUGUUGCACUUUUGAAAGAGAAUGCAAACUGCCAAAGAUAGUUUUGGAAGUGCUCAUACAGAAAAGUCACGACUCACCACAAGCCCAGUAAUGUUGUUUUUAACACGUAGGAAGUCAUAUCUAACUCUUGUACUGAAGCUUCACCCCAGCUCUCUGUUGUAUAAUAGCUGAGGCAGAAUAUGUAUUUGUAAUAUUUUAUGGCUCAUAAGAUGUGUGAAUGGAUUUUUAAAAAAGUUUUAUGAUAAAGAAGUGUUUUAUGUGACUGAGCUAUGCCUGAGCUUGUCGACGGAAAGAGAACGCUUUAAAAUGAAAUAUCUUUCUAUAUGUUAUUUUUGAACAACUGUCUGUAAUGAAGGGUUAUGACAAAGUGAUAGUAAAUAUUCCUCAUUUCAUCACAAUCUGCAUCAACAAGCACAACUCUGCUUCCACACCAGCCGCCCGCUGGGUGAAGUCUGUUUACUCUGAGCAUCAGUCCAGCUCCUACAUCCACUGAGGGGGCAGCAGCAAAAAAAAAAAGCCAUUCAUUCAUUGAGUUCUGUACAAACUGGGUCGUCCCUACAGCACAGUGCAUCAUGAUCAUGUCUCAUGUGUGUGUUUGGAUGUGUUCUUGCCCUUUUAUCCUUGUGAGAACUAGAGCUGUGUCCCAGCUCCAUUCUGUUUCCUGACAGCCUGCAGUACGGGCUGAAUGCUAAUCACACUGUGCUGUUUUUGUUUUAGAAAUCAAUGUGCUUUAUUGUUUUGUACUAACAGGAAACUUAUGAAUGCCACUGCCAACUGCACUUCACAAUAAGACAGCAGAAAAGGUUUUCUAAAGAUUUAAGACUUGAUGUGUGUGACAGUGGACAAGGAUUAGCAGUGGGAAAAACUCAUAAUGUCAUGAAAGUGAAGUAAGAAUUUCAAGGGAAAAAUUCGAAUCUUACAAGUUAAAAAUGUUACAAGAAUAAAAUCAUAAUUUUACAAAGUAAAAGUCAUGGUAGGAAAAGUAAAAUUUCAAGACUGAAGUUGUAAUAUUUUGAGAAAAUACUCACAAAACAAAUUUUAAUUCUAAGAAAAAGUCAUGUACAAAAGAAAAUGUCACAAUAAAGAAUAAAGUCAUUAUUUUAAAUUGAAAUUAAGUCAUUUAAUUUCGUAAUAGUGAAAAUAUUUUAAAUAAGUUGAAAUUUUAUGAGAAGAAAACUCACAAUGGUAUAACAGUCCAAUUGUAAUUCUAAUUUUUUUUUUUAUAAAAAAUGUCAAUAAAGAAUAAAGUCAUAUUUUUUAAGUUAAAUUUCAUCUAAGUAAAAAUAAAAGUUAGAUUAAGUUGUAAUUGUAUGAGAAAAAGUCAUGUGUGAAAUGAAAAAAACAAUGCAGUGUUGUGAAAAUGAAAUUGUGAUUCUCAAAAAGGUUAAUAAUAAUAAGAAUAAUACAAUACAGUUGUAUUUUUAAUUGAAUUUAUGAAUGCCAAUGCCAACUAAACUUCACAGUAAGACAGCAAAAAAGAUUUUCUUAAGAUUUUUAUUAUAGACUUUAGACUUUUAUUUUAUAUGAAAUGUUGGUUUGACAAGACAAUUCCAACUAAAGGUCCACCCACUGAUACCACCUCCUUUCUAACGCUUACAGCAAAUCAACAGUCACACAGUGUAAAACGUUUCUGAAGUAUCCACCAUCCUUUCCUAACAUUCAUGUUCCAAUUGCCUAAACACAACCAUGAAAACUUUACUCAUGUUUUUAGUCGCUACAAUCAGAGAUAGACGGUGGUGGAAGUAACGAGCAGAGGUGGGAGGAAGUCACAAGUGCAGGUCACACAGUUACCAUGGUAAGAGUCAAGGAAGUCAAGUCAAGUCAUUGCUCAGGUAAAGCAAGUCACAAGUUUUAACCUUCAAGUCUCAAGCAGGUUCAGAGUAGAUGUGGAGAGGGAAGAACUCAUUACAUUUUGCUGUGGAUAUUGUUUUAUCACUUUCUUUAAUGUGUAGGAUUGUUUGUCCUACUGAGUGCCAUUACCAUUACUACACAUCUGUAUGUGGAACCUGCAACGUGCUCUCUCUUCUCCCAAUAUAAAUUUUUGUAUUUUUGGACUUAACCCCUCCCCAUGAUCGCUGCCUUGUGCGUUGGCCCCUGCUGGUCUGCCACGUCCUAAUAGGUUGCCAGGUUUGUGGGCAUGGCGAUAAAAAUCACCCGCUAAUGCUUCAAAAAAACAAAUGUAACUUCUAGAAAAAUGGAAAUAUUUGAUUAAAAAAUAGUCAAGUCUUUUAUCAGUGUUGGUCGAGCAAGUCUCAAGUCCUCAGAUCUGUUAGUUUCUGAGUUAAGUCCCUCAUCUCUACUAAUGAGUGAAAAAAGUACCAGUCCAACAAUAGAAGGUACCUAAAUACAAGUAGAGUAAAAGUCCUGCUUUCUUAAUCAUACUUAAGAAUAUGUAGAUGUUUUUACUCCUCUGCGCCGGCAACUGCAUAUUGUUGAAUCCAAUAUAUCAGGAACGCCCAGGUGGAAUUUCAUCACUUCUGUCACACUGUGACCUCAUUAAAACAUAUUUUUGGCCAUAACUCCCAAAUUCAUGCACUAAUUAUGACACAUUUUAACUCAAAUGUCUAUAAGGAUAAAAUUUAGCGAUUACAUUUUAUAUCCAAAAGAUCAAAGGUGAUUGUAGUUUUUUAGAAUCUUAAACUUUAACUAGUAGUGGAGUAAUAAGUACAAUAUUUUCCUCUGAAAUAUAGAGUGACAUUAAUACCUCAACAUUGCACAGUACUUUAGUAAAUGUACUCUGUUACUUUCUAUCACUGGACAUCGGUGAACAAAGGAACUUGCAGUUGACUGACAGUCUGCAUGUUGCUGAUACAUUCCACUGAGCGUUUUGCAUCUUUUGAGAUCUAUUCGUGACAAUGUUUCCUCAUUAUGGUGAUUAAAAAGAAUGUAAUAAUGGCAGCAUUUCAUUUCACAGUGUAUUAGCUGUCACUAAUUAGUAUGUAAAUGAAUUUCGAAGACACAGGCUUGUAAGAAUCAAAUGGGUUUAGUCUGUAUAAUGACUUAUUUGAAUAUACUAAAUGUUGUGGUUUUUGCAGUGUGAACACACUACAAACACUCCUGCUGGUAUUUAGUAUGGAAAUGGGACACGGCUCAGUUUUACAGAAUAAAUUAUGUACGUCCUCACUUCAGCCAAGGGCUCGUUUAGAUGUAGGAUUUGCCUGAAGAGUUGUACAGAAGAUCAGUAAAGAGAAUUAUCAUUGUAUAAUUGUUGUCUGAUUUUUGUCAUAAUGCAUAUUUUUUCUUCUCACGAUCAUUAAAUCAAAACAUGUAUAAUGUGAUAAUUAUCUAUGAUUAGCCACAAAAUAAUAGAAUAUUCACCAUGUAGUUUUUUUUCCCCUAAAUUUUCCAGUUUUUAUGAUUGACAGUAAAACUACAUCAUUCACUAUAUUACAAUCAUGGAAACUAGGAUUUUACAAUCUGCUGUAUAAUUUUACUGUUAUAUGUUCAGGCACAGUCUCCAAUCCCUGCAUUCAUAUUAUAGGGACAUUACACUGUUUCAUUGGGUAUUACAAUAUCUUUUUUAAUCAUUCUGUGAUCCCAACCACAAAAAUAAUAACACCCAUGUGCUUUACAGCCUUACAUAGAGUUGAGAUUACAAUUGGAAUAGAAAUCAAAAUUAAUAUGGUCAUAGAUUUAAAAAGAGUUCACUUCAAGUUUCAACUGGAACUGCACUUAAAAUUAAAAUAAGGACAAGAUUUAGAGGAAGUUUGGCAGCAAAUUCAUCUCUGUGUCUCCAGUAGAAAACUCCCUCUAAUGCCUCUUUUCCUGCUGACUGGUAAUUCAUUUGCAGAAUUUAGCGUUAUCCUAAAUGUGAGUUCAAAGUGAGUAGAUGUCUUAAUUUUUCAGCCUUGUUUAAUAAGGGAAUGGGAAAACUAUUGAUUUGUACCUUUUGGAUUGCAAAAAUCUUCGUACUGAGGAUAAUACUAACUAGCCACAACAGCUUGACCUGGAGUCCCAGUGCUUCAGAGUCUGGGACUGGACCUGAGGAAACAGGGAGGACAGUAGUUUACAGUCUUUACGAGCACUGUGUGUGUAUGUAUUUGUUUGUGUCUCCAGUGGCCAUGCCCCCCCCCCCCCCCAACUUCCCCUCCACUACCACCAUUGAAAGGACUGACCCAGUAAAAGCAUAUUAGCUUUUGUAUUAGAACCUCAAUCAUUCUCAUUGUUUCAACAGCACCAGUCAAGUGCAAUAAAUGAUGUUUUAAACCCUU